AUGAUUUUUGGAUUGAUUCCUAUUAAACUAGUUAGAUCAUUGUUAAAACAUGAUGCUGUUUCUUGUUCUGGACAUAGUCAUACAACUUCAAGAGUACCAACAUUAGUAAUUACAUUACUUACAUGUUUUUCUGGGGGUGUAUUUUUAGGAAUUGUUUUUCUUGAUCUUUAUCCAGAUGCAAAUGCUUCUCUAAAUAUUGUUAGAAGUUUUGGAAAAUGGACUGUUAAUUAUCCAAUAAUAGAAGUUAUAGUUAUAUGUGGAUUCUUUGCUAUUGAUUUUAUGGAAUAUUUAACACACAAAUUGGGUCAUGUUCAUAUUAAACACCAUGAUCAAACAAUGAUAACAAGGAAUCCUCAAAUAUUAGAUAUACCAAAUUAUCAAUCUACUGCUACAACAAUUCGUAAUACACAAGCAGAUGAUUGUGAAAUUCAUUCAGAAGGUCACUCUCAUUCAAGACAUAAAUAUGAUCAUGAUGAAAAAAAAAAGAUUAUAAAAACUUUUGCUUUUAUUGGUGCAUUAAUAAUUCAUUCUUCAUUGGAAGGAUUUGCUUUUGGUGUCCAACCAACAAAUGUAACUAUAAUAUCCUUAUUUAUUGGAUUAUUUGUUCAUAAAACAGUGGUAUCAUUUUCUGUUGGUGUUCGUCUAACACGAUGCCACUCCAAUCGUCCAAUACUUGUUAUCAUUCUAGUAUUUGUUUUUGCUAUCACAUCACCAAUAUUUUCAGUUAUUGGCAUUAUUAUACAAAGUUCAGAUAUGGAUAAAUUACUAAAAAAUCAACUUUCAACCGUUUUUAUAGGAUUUUCAAUGGGAACAUUUCUUUAUAUAACAUUCUUUGAAAUGCUUGGUCCAGAACGUGAAAAUGAAGAUAAUCGUUUCUCAAAAACAUUAGCAUCAUUUUUAGGUUUUGUAGCAAUAGCUAUUGUUAUGAUAUUUUCAAGUUAA